AUGUCUCUGCAGAGGAUCGUGCGAGUGUCCCUGGAGCAUCCCACCAGUGCUGUGUGUGUGGCUGGCGUGGAGACCCUCGUGGACAUUUAUGGGUCAGUACCUGAGGGAACAGAGAUGUUUGAGGUCUACGGAACCCCCGGUGUGGACAUCUCCAUCUCUUCCGGAGUGGAGAGGGACCAGGAACAUGCAGACACCGGGCGGUGGUGCUUUGAUGCGGGGUUGCAGCUCAUCGUGGUCAUGAACUCUCCCAGCAACGACCUCAACGACAGUCACGUUCAGAUUUCCUACCAUUCCGGCCAAGAGCCUCUGGCCUAUGCGGUGCUCUACCUCACCUGUGUGGAUAUCACCCUGGAUUGUGACCUGAACUGUGAAGGCAGACGGGAUAGGGGCUUUGUGGACAAGCGGCAGUGGGUCUGGGGAUCUAGCGAGUAUGGAGCCAUCCUGCUGGUGAACUGUGACAGGGACAAUCUGAGCUGUGAUGACCAGGACAACUGUGACCGGCACGUGCACUGCCUGCAAGACCUGGAAGAUAUGUCUGUAAUGGUCCUGCGGACCUAAGGCCCCGUUGCCCUUUUCGACGACCACACACUUGUCCUCCACACCUCCAGCUGUGACGCCAAGUGGGCACGGGUCUUCCAUGCUUGUGGUCCCGAGGACUCAUGAGAGGCUUACAGGCACGUGCUGGGCCAGAACGAGGUGUCGUACCAGGUGCCCCGCUUCCACGGGGAUGAGGGGUGCUUCUUCGUAGAGGGCCUCUCCUUCCCUGGCGCUGGCAUGAAAGAUCCCGACCACCCCGCUGGUGCCUCUCUAGAAACUAAGGAGCAAGAUUUCUCCGAAUCCCCCAUCUUCACUGACACCGUGGUGUUCUGUGUGGCGCCCUGGAUUAUGACGCCCAGCGCCCUGCCGCCCCUGGAGGUGUACGUGUACCGAGUGAGGAACAAUGCGUGUUCUGUGGAUGCAGUGGUGGAGCUGGCCAGGAGAGCCGGCUGCGAGCUGACCAUCUGCCCACAGGCCGAGACCCGCAACGACCGCUGGAUCCAGGAUGGGAUGGAGCUGGGCUACAUUCAGGCACCACACAAGACCUUCCCAGUAGUCUUUGACUCCCCCGGGAAUGGAGAACUGCAGGACUUCCCUUACAAAAGAAUCCUGGGUCCAGAUUUCGGCUACGUGACUCGGGAACCACGAGACAACUCGAGUGGCCUGGAUUCCUUUGGGAACCUGGAGGUCAGCCCCCCAGUGGUGGCCAAUGGGAAAGAAUACCCCCUGGGGAGGAUCCUCUUUGGUGGCAACCUGCCUGGAUCAAGAGGCCGCAGGGUCACCCAGGUGGUUCGGGACUUCCUUCACGCGCAGAAGGUGCAGCCCACUGUGGAGCUCUUUGUGGACUGGUUGGCCGCGGGCCAUGUGGGUGAGUUUCUGAGCUUUGUCCCUGCCCCUGAUGGGAAGGGCUUCCGGACGCUCCUGGCCAGCCCUAGCGCCUGCUUCAAGCUCUUCCAGGAAAAGCAGAAGCAGGGCCACGGCACGGCCCUCCUGUUCCAAGGGGUUAUUGGCAAUCAGCAGAUCAACGCCAUCUCCAUCGACCAGGUCCUCUCCAAUGAAAACCUCAUCAGCUACAAUAAGUUUGUCCAGAGCUGUGUCGACUGGAACUGGGAGGUGCUGAAGCGGGAGCUGGGCCUGACCGACGGUGACAUCAUCGACAUCCCCCAGCUCUUCAAGAUGGAGAGGAGAAAGGCGGUGGCCUUCUUCCCUGACUUGGUGAACAUGCUAGUGCUGGGGAAGCACCUGGGCAUCCCCAAGCCCUUCGGACCCAUCAUCAACGGCUGCUGCUGCCUGGGGGAGAAGGUGCGGUCCCUGCUGGAACCGUUGGGCCUCCAGUGCACCUUCAUUGACGACUUCACCCUAUACCACAAGCUGCACGGGGAGGUGCACUGCGGCACCAUCGUGCGCCGGCAGACCUUCUCCUUCAGGUGGUGGAACGUGGUGCCCUGA